AGAUCACAUUAGGUGUGAUUACCCUGCUGAAAAACCAAUAGAAUCAGCGUUUCUCUUGGUUCUCGAUAGUUUUAUGUGUUUUGGGUUUUUUUUCAUGGGUUGAUAUCACAACGUACAAAAUCCUAAAGCAGGGUAAGCAUAAUCACAAAACACAUGCUCAGUGAAUGCGAAGCAAGCAGGCCACGUGGUAAGUUAAUGAGGGGUGAUGAUGAAGAUGAAGAAGACAGCUGCAUGGCUUGUUUACUGCUUUUCCCCCUUCAAUUCACGGAGUAGCCAGAAAAAGAGAUUCGUGAACACAAAAGUCAAAGGCUCUCUAUUUAUAGUCUUGAGGGACACAAGACCUUGGUGAAGAGGAGUCAUCAUUUGAGCUGAGUAGCUCUCUGAUAAACACGAUACGGAGGUCUUUGAACAGCCGUUGUCGUGAGGCGAAUUCAGUGUACCUGGCGUAAUUGGGCCUAAACGUUUCUUUGGUCAUGGCAUGGCAUGUCGUGACGGUGGAGGUGGAGGCGGUGACGGUGUUUUGUCUGAGGAACCGUGAGCAGCGCUGGCAGGUUAGCAUGCUGAGCAAACGGGGAGGGCGCGAGGGGGGAGGGGGACUAGUUGGAGAAGUAGCAGAAGGAAGGAGGCAAAAACAAAGAGGAAGAAGACAAGGGACACUUUCCUUUGGAGGGGCAGGAGCACGUGGACUGAGGAGCGAGAAGCUUCUUUUUCAAAGUCAGCCUCAGUUUCUCAAGUGAGAGCGGCGGCUGCCCGUCAAGGCUUUAUCACAACCCAGCCCCGUGUAGAGCACUAUGGUUCAGGAGCAGCGAGUCUGCUGGGACUGAGAUCAGUGCGCCUCACAUCAGCGCUGUAGUCCAUUAGACGGGGGCAAACGCCGUGAAGCGGUAUGGAGGGUCUCAGGACCACGAGCUCACAGACGGGGUGGAAAUUCUUCAGGGAGUCGCUGCUGCUUUGCCUCUUCGCCGGUCAUGGAGAGGCUCAGUGCAAUGGCUGUGUUGAGUACUGUUGCGAUGGAGUGCCUCCGUUCUGCUGCUCGUACUACGCCUACGUGGGGGACGUCCUCUCGGGCACGGCGAUUUCAGGGAUUGUGUUUGGUGUGGUAUUUCUGAUGGGGGCGGUGGCGGCCAUCUUCCUGUGUAUUUGCAUGUGCGUAAAGAACGGGCGUGGGGCGAGAGUGGGCGUCUUCAGCACAUCCUACAUCAACACUGUGACUCAGGGCUACCCAGGGCCACCACCUCCUUAUAGCUACGACUAUGAGAUGUAUCCCCCCAAUCUUCGGCCCCCGCCGUACACUCCAACUCCACCCAGAACGGCAAGCUACUCUCCACCUCCACCCUACCCAGGCUACAACAGAAAAUGAAGGUUUGAUGUGCUCACCCUGGAGAUCAUUCUGCAGUGCACAGAACAAUGAAUAGAAAGUGAACUGCACUACAGGCUGUUUUAUAAAUGAGGCUUUCUGCCUUUUCCAGUCUUGGACCCGAGGGUCAGAUUAAAUGUCCUCUUUCACAGAAAAAGUUUCAGCCCAGCUGAUGAAGGGGGUGUGGAUCGUCCCCACUGUGACUUGUUAUAUACUAUUAAUUUUUUUUUAUCAUUGGAUGUAUGGAACCGUGAACCCAUAUGGAUUAAGCGGUUAAGAUGAUGAAUGAAUGGAUUGAUGGAUGGACAUUUGAAUGAAGAUGGAAGUGUACAUCUAAGUUAUGAGUGAUUCUGGACUACAAAGUAGAGGUGCAAGCCUAAAGAAAAGGGGGGAAAAAAGUUCAUGGCUAAACUCAUUCUCCAUCUGGUAUAGUGACUUGAACAGUUAUGUGUUGUGUAAUGAUGCAGUUUGUUCAGUUAAAGGAAUCAUUGUGGUUUUCUUUGCAAAAAUUCAGAAUAAAAGAAAAAAUAAAACCUUAAAUUGCAAAA